AUGUCAACCUUAAGAUUGGAUAAAGAUACUUUUUCUCAGUUUGCCCUUUCCCCUCAUUUUUUUUUCUGUGUGCCACUGUGGUUCUUUCUCUCUUGUUUAUUUUUUUUUUUGUUAUUUCCUUUCCUCUUUCUUUUGUUAUUUCCUCUUUCUUUUGUUAUUUCCUUUCCUCUUUCUUUUUGUUAUUUCUUUUUCUCUUUCUUUUGGUAUUUCCUUUCCCCUUUCUUUUGGUAUUUCCUUUCCUCUUUCUAUUGUUAUUUCUUUUUCUUUUUCUUUUGUUAUUCAUUUCCUCUUUCUUUUGUUAUUUCCAUUUCUCUUUCUUUUGUUAUUUCCUUUCCUCUUUAUUUUGUUAUUUCCUUUCCUUUUUCUGUUGUUAUUUCCUAUCUUCUUUCUUUUGUUAUUUCCUUUCCUCUUUCUUUUGUUAUUUCCUUUCCUUUUUCUGUUGUUAUUUCCUAUCUUCUUUCUUUUGUUAUUUCCUUUCCUCUUUCUUUUGUUAUUUCAUUUCCUCUUUCAUUUGUUAUUUCCAUUACUCUUUCUUUUGUUAUUUCUUUCCUUUUUCUGUUGUUAUUUCCUAUCUUCUUUCUUUUGUUAUUUUUUUCCUCUUUUUUUUUUUAUUUCCUUUUUCCUCUUUUUUUGUUAUUUCCUUUCCUCUUUCUUUUGUUAUUUCAUUUUUUCUUUCUUUUUUGUUAUUUCCUUUCCUCUUUCUUUUGUUAUUUCAUUUCCUCUUUCUUUUGUUAUUUCCUUUCCUCUUUCUAUUGUUAUUUCUUUUUCUCUUUCUUUUGGUAUUUCCUCUUUCAUUUGUUAUUUCCUUUCCUCUUUCUUUUGUUAUUUCCUUUCCUCUUUCUUUUGUUAUUUCCUUUCCUCUUUCUUUUGUUAUUUCAUUUCCUCUUUCUUUUGUUAUUUCAUUUCCUCUUUCAUUUGUUAUUUCCUUUCCUCUUUCAUUUGUUAUUUCCUUUCCUCUUUCUAUUGUUAUUUCUUUUUCUCUUUCUUUUGGUAUUUCCUCUUUCAUUUGUUAUUUCCUUUCCUCAUUCUUUUGUUAUUUUUUUUCCUCUUUCAUUUGUUAUUUUUCCUCUUUCUUUUUGUUAUUUUUUUCCUCUUUCAUUUGUUUUUAUUUUUCUUUCUUUCUUUUGUUAUUUUUUUUCCUCUUUCUUUUGUUAUUUCCUUUUCCUCUUUCAUUUUUAUUUUCUUUCCUUUUUUCUUUUUUUUUUCUUUUUCUCUUUCUUUCUUUAUUUCCUCUUUCAUUUGUUAUUUCCUUUCCUCUUUCUUUUGUUAUUUCCUUUCCUCUUUCUUUUGUUAUUUCAUUUCCUCUUUCUUUUGUUAUUUCAUUUCCUCUUUCAUUUGUUAUUUCCUUUCCUCUUUCUUUUGUUAUUUCAUUACCUCUUUAUUUUGUUAUUUCCUUUCCUCUUUAUUUUGUUAUUUCCUUUCCUUUUUCUGUUGUUAUUUCCUAUCUUCUUUCUUUUGUUAUUUCCUUUCCUCAUUCUUUUGUUAUUUUUUUUUUUUUUCUGUUGUUAUUUCCUAUCUUCUUUCUUUUUUAUUUCUUUUUUUUUUUUUUUGGUAUUUCCUCUUUCAUUUGUUUUUUCCUUUCCUCUUUCUUUUGAAUUUUAUUUUUCCUUUUUUCUUUCGAUUGUUUUUUCCUUUCCUUUUUCUUUUUUAUUUCCUUUCCUCUUUUUUUUUUUUUUCUUUCCUCUUUCAUUUGUUUUUCCUUUCAUUUUUUUUUUGUUUUUUCCUUUCCUCUUUUUUUUUUUAUUUUCUUUUCCUCUUUUUUUUUUUUUUUUUUUUUUUUAUUUUUUUUUUUUUUUUUUUUUUUUCUUUUUUUUUUUUAUUUCCUUUCCUUUUUUUUUUUUAUUUCCUUUCCUCUUUCUUUUUUCUUUUAUUUCCUCUUUCUUUUUUUUCAUUUUUUUUUUUUUUUUUUUUUCUUCUUUCCUCUUUUUAUUUUUUUUUUUUUUCCUCUUUAAUUUUUAUUUUCCUUUCCUAUUUUUUUUUUUUUUAUUUUUUUCCUCUUUCAUUUGUUAUUUCCUUUUCCUUUUUCUAUUUUUAUUUUUUUUUUCUUUCUUUUGGUAUUUCCUCUUUCAUUUUUUUUUUUUCCUCUUUCUUUCUUUAUUUUUUUCUUUCUUUUUUUUAUUUCAUUUCCUCUUUUUUUGUUAUUUAAUUUCCUCUUUCAUUUGUUAUUUUUUCCUCUUUUUCUUUUUUUAUUUCAUUUACCUCUUUAUUUUUGUUUUUCCUUUCCUCUUUAUUUUUUUUAUUUUUUUCCUUUCUGUUGUUAUUUCCUUAUCUUUUUUUUUUGUUAUUUCCUUUCCUUUUUUUUUUGUUAUUUUUUUCCUCUUUCUUUUUUUUAUUUCCUUUCUCUUUCUUUUGUUUUUUCAUUUCCUCUUUCUUUUGUUAUUUCCUUUCCUCUUUCUUUUGUUAUUUCAUUUCCUCUUUCUUUUGUUAUUUCCUUUCCUCUUUCUUUUGUUAUUUCAUUUCCUCUUUAUUUUGUUAUUUCAUUUCCUUUUUCUUUUGUUAUUUCAUUUCCUCUUUCUUUUGUUAUUUCCUUUCCUCUUUCUUUUAUUAUUUCAUUUCCUCUUUAUUUUGUUAUUUCCUUUCCUCUUUAUUUUGUUAUUUCCUUUCCUUUUUCUGUUGUUAUUUCCUAUCUUCUUUCUUUUGUUAUUUCCUUUCCUCUUUCUUUUGUUAUUUUCAUUUCUUUUUUUGUUAUUUAUUUUCUCUUCUUUUUUCUUUUUUUAUUUAUUUUUUCUCUUUCGUUUGGUAUUUCCUUUUCAUUUGUUAUUUCCUUUCCUUUUCUUUUAUUUAUUUCUUUUCCAUUUUUUUUUUUGUUAUUUAAAUCUUCUUUCUUUUGUUAUUUCCUUUCCUCUUUCUUUUUUGUUAUUGAUUUUUCCUUUUCUAUUGUUAUUUCUUUUUCUCUUUCUUUUGGGUAUUUCCUCUUUCAUUUAA